AUGAGAGAUGAUAGAAGAAAAUAAACACCGUAUUUAAAAUGAGAAACAUCGUAAUAUUUGAAGAAAACCAAAGAACAUUGUGGUAGCAGACCGUAGUUGAAAUGACGGAGAAUGAAAGAAGGUAAAUCCGCUCAUCCUGAGAUUGUUCCUAACUAUGAUAAUUGGAGCCCAUGGAUUGGUGAAAGAACACGUUCAAGUCAGCUAGUGUUCAACACAGAACACAAGAAGUGCACUCCGUCAAUGACUGAUGAUGAAAAUGGCGAAGUAGUACCAGAGGAAAUUGUCAGUCGGUUACUGCAGGAUGAAAGGGUCACUGCCAUAAGGAGAAUAUGCAGGGAAGUUGGAAUCCAACCUAAAGGCUCAGCUGCUGAUAUGGUGGUUCAAAUACGGGAAAAAGCAAUCACAAGAGGACAACUAGAUCUAGCGUAUGAGAAGGUUUUUGGAACUUCUGGUGGACUGGUUAUUGGUGCUUGUCCCCAUGGCAUAGUUUACAGCAUGAAGAAUCUGCUGAGGUCAGAAAGCCCGCGCGAUUACAUGGAUCUACUUCGCUCCAUGAAGCACCGCCCAAAUAUCUCUGUAAUAGAUAUAGCACACCUAUUGGCAGCUCAUGGCAAUAGAACGGAGGCGGGUUUCUUCAGUCCGAAUGAGGGUCGUCUAAGAGCUCCAACACCUCAAAACAUUGCUAUGGCAAAGGAGGGAUUAAUGUUCGAUCUGCCGGACCUUGAUGAUGCUACUACUGUUGAGUAUGAUGAAAGCGAAACAGCCAACGGCCACCCAGUGUCCCAUUCUUCAUCCCAUUAUGCGCUGUAUGACUGGUUCCACCAGGGUAAUUGUAAGAGGGAAAGGGAAAAGCUGAGAAACAUCUCACUGCUAUCUGGAUUUGCUGGGUACACGAAUACUCAGAAAGUAGAGCAACUUUUCAAUUCAAUGAAGAGGGACCUCUACUUUCUGAACCAGAUGUCACCAGUUAGCCAUGUCUUCAUGUGCAGGUUGAUUUUGCACCUGCACAAUGAACAGCUCAGCAAAACCAUCAUCCAAGGCCAGAGAGAUGUCUGCAACAGACUGUCUUUCAACCAGUUGGGCCAGGUCAUCCAUCAAGAAGACACCCAGCUGAUGUCAGGGAGUAGGCCUACCAACGGUGAACCAGCAGAGUCAGAUGUAACUGCAAGAAGAGCUCGUCCGAGGCCUACAAGUGAAGAUAUAAAUCACAGCUCGUCAGGUGCUCAAGGCAUUCUCCCCCAAAAUAAAGAAACUCUGCCCAGUGACACAGCAGCUAGACCAAGUCUGCCAACAAAACAGAGUACUAGUAAGGAAGAUAGGUCACGAGCCAGGGAUGUCCAAGAUCAUGGAGUUCAUCCCCAAACAUCUGCAAUUUUAGAAAAGACCCAUACUAUUACAACAGGGGCAGAUCGGCGAGGCCUUCAAAGACUCAUCGACUUGAGAGAGAAACUAGUAGGCUUUACCCAACGUUUAUCAUCAACACUUGACCCUGAGGAUACAACGGCCCUUCUACUUAACAUCAGAUAUGCGAGCGAGACGCUCUUCAGGUCAGGCAGGCAGCAUUUGGUGCAUGGUGGAGUGGUUCAGGAUCGCUACAUGCAAUGCCAGGGAAACUCCAACUACUGUGCUACAUGUGCUGUCAAUAAUCUCCUGGGAUAUCAUGAUGAUGGCACGUUCCCAGUGCCAAUAAACGAGAUGGAUGACAUUGCUGAUGAGAUGUGGCUGGCAUCAUUCAGGCAGCCAACAGCCAGAGUUCUUCCUGUGAGAGACAUAGAAGGCUUCUACAACUUUGAGGUUAUGGAUAUAUGUCUUCAGAGAAGAAAUUACACUAGUACAAGACUGCGGAGAGAUGUCGUGAGUGCUGUACAACCAUUAGAAAUUGUCCAAAAUUGUUUGCUUGGUGAAAAAAAUACAAUUGGAUGGAUCGUUCAUCUCAGCCAUUCUGAACACUAUAUAACCAUCAAAAUCACAUCGCCAGGGAUAUAUGUCAGGAUGGAUUCUGGUUCGAUGGGAGUGCCCUCCACAAGUGUCAUGACUGCUGAAGAUGUUGGGAGAUUCAUCAAAAACCAUAGUCUGGGUCAAGGAGGUGUUUACCAGGUCCAUCAAAACACCUCACAUCCAAUGCAUUCAGCUGUGCAAGAAGAUCCUGAGAGUGGACCUGGACUAGUGGAAGAAACGCCACAAAGUCAUGGGCAUUCAGUUGUACCAGAGGAUCCUGUGAGCGGACCUGGUCCAGUGGAAGAAACGACACAAAGUCAUGGGGCUCUUCCUAGCUGCAUUGCACUUCAACGAGAAUUCCAAACGUGCCCAAGCAGCGAACAAAGAUGGGACUAAGCGAUGGUCAGUCUCCUAUCCGAAGGCAAAGAAGGGUGAACCUGUGGCAAGGGAAGUGAAAGUACCAGUGACUUAUGAAUACAUUCAACUUCUACUGAAUGAGGUAUUGAGACUUCGAGAGAAAAUGCCCUCGUACAGCACUGCAUUGGCCAAUAGAGAAGAUCGCAUCAAGUCUACACCCAAGCCAGUCUGUACGAAAUACACGAAACG